AUUAUAGAUCAAAUAACUCCAGAAAAAUUAAUAGAGUGGACAAGCGCUGGGCAUAUGAAAGAAAGGAAUGUGAUAUUGCACUUGCCCCGGUUUGAAGUGGAGGAUGGUUAUGAUCUGGAGGCCGUCUUGUCAGCCAUGGGGAUGGGGGAAGCCUUCAGCGUGUGCAGAGCUGACUAUCCUGGGAUGUCCUCACACUCCAGGCUGCAUGCGCAGAAGUUCCUGCACAGGUCCUUCGUGGUGGUAACCGAGGAAGGCACUGAGUCUUCGGCAGCCACCGGUGUGGGCUUGGCUCUCACCUCAGAGCCAGGUUGUGAACAUUUUCAUUGCAAUCACCCUUUCCUGUUCUUCAUCAAGCACCAGGAAUCCAACAGCAUCCUCUUCUUUGGUAGAUUUUCUUCUCCUUAGGAUAGUCAUUGCUUUGGCAGAAAACGAGUGGUGGAGUAUUAUUGAGACUAUGGAAAUAGCCCAGCC